AUUGGAACCCAUGACCUUCUGACUCCCAGGCCCGUGCUCUAGCCACUGCACCUACCUGGUGCCGAGGCCGAGAGUUUCCAGCAUGGUCAGCCCCGGAGACUGUCGCGUACGAGACGGUUCAGCCGGAGCUGGCAUCCGCUGCCACGGCUGCCAACGGCCCCCGUAUCCAUCGGCAGAAGCCACGGUGGGGAUGGCCUCUGAUCUACUAGCUUGUCUUGCGCCAGGCCGCUACCUCCUCCAGGUGGUGCGGUUUGGUUUCCCGGAACCCGAUACCCUGAGCCCCAAUGGGGGAUUCGGGGCCACGACGUUCGACUCUCGUUUCCCGGUUUUACCGGAUAUUCCGGAGGAGCAUCAGCAGGAGACAUGAUUCGCUUCCCUCCUCUCCGUCACCCGGAAAUAAAGUUGGCAUCCACAGCUCCUCUCCCUCCAGCACAAACUCAAGCUCGGGCAGUACCGGCAAACGCCGGAGCUUGUUCCGGACCCCAUCCAUUAGCUUCCACCAUAAAAAGGGGGCCGCUGUCAAAGAAGACCCUGCCCGUGCAGCCCUGGGCAUUUCCAAUGGGGCUCAGCCUUGCCAAGGUAGUUUGCAAAAACUCAGCGUGGAAGAAUGUGCUAAAACCCGAGAAAGGAAUCUGGUAGCUUUCAGUGGUUCCCGCGGUAAGAAGAUAACCCGGUCUUUGACCGAGGACUUCGAAAAGGGAAAGGAACAUUCAACUAAUAAGAAUGUCUUCAUAAACUGUCUAAGUUCCGGCAGAAGCGACAGGGAUGAUUCUGGCUUCGUGGAAGAACCGAAUAGGUGUUCGGUGAAGCAAUCCACACGGAAACUCCUUCCUAAAUCCUUUUCGUCACACUCCAAGUUCCCCAAACCAGCUGCCCAGAGCCCGACCGUCGCGGGCCCGGUGCGGGGCGAAUUCUCGCUGGAAAUUUCUCCAAGCGGAGGGAGCGAACGUGGGCGUGGAGGGACCCCUCCGUCGCGUUCGGAGGAGGGGACAGAACGGGCAGCGGGGUCUUUGCAAUCCCCGCUGCUCUCUGCUGAUCUCACCACAGCCCCGACGCCUUCGGAGUUUUUAGCUCUGACCGAAGAUUCAAUCUCAGAGGUAGACGCCCCUCCCAGGAGGGGUAGCCCGGCCUCUCGACGUGACAACUUGGGCCCUGGCAGUUUGGCUUCUCAGACGUCCCUCGGUUCUGCCACGGUCGCGAAAACCACAGGACCGAGAGCCGAGUCUGCGCGGUGUGAAAAUAGAUCGCCUGAAGAGCAGAGGUUAGAGGGCCAAUGCACCCAUUCUGCAGCCUUACCUGAAACCCCAGCGGAUGGUCAUGAAACCGAAGCGGGGUCACAGAUCUCGGACCGGACCGGGGAGGCCGCAAAUGGCCCGAGGGCAUGUGUGUCUGCAGCCCCUGGAUCGGAAGAGAUGUUCGGGGUUCAUAGGGCAGAAAGAACGGUGGGCUCCCCUGGGAGACGUGGAUUUUUGUGAGGAACACCGUUAAAACAGCAGUCGGACAUGUUAAAGGGAGGCAUCCGGGCUCCAGAUUCCAAUAAUAUUCCCUCGCCUGCUGAUUUUCAAUUCUUUCUACACAGCUCAAAUGGCUAUGAAGCAAUACUUACAACUAAAGUUAAUCUUGCGUGUAGCUUCAGUCCAUACCAAGAAGGGAGAGUCAUUGAAAGGAGAUUGAGGUCCUCUUCAGAAGGAACUGCGGGGAUUAGUAGAAUGAUUUCGAAACCAAAGGAAGGAAAAACAGACGAACAUAGUAGUCUGCGAAGGCAGAGAAUGAACUCAUCAUCUUCAAAAACCAAUAGCCUGGAUGUUCUGAAUAACUUGGGUUCCUGUGAACUGGAUGAAGAUGACCUCAUGCUUGACCUGGAAUUCUUAGAAGAGCAGCAUCUCCCUCAUUCUGUCUGCCGGGAGGAUUCAGCCCAGUCAGUAGUGUCUUGCACUGCAGUCGUACUUACUCCUGUAGAACCGUCCAUCGAAGUGAGGCAGAGAGAGGAACCAAAAUUCCCUGGGCCCAUCAAACAGAACCUUUCCCUGAAGUUUCCGAAAGAGGCCAACGGGAGAGACUCCAGGGGUCCCCCCGUCCCCAGAGACCUCAGUAGUCCAUCCCUGGGAUGGCCAUCAGCGGGUCUGGAGGAAGGCGGAGUCGUCGAUUCUUUUCCCUUCAGACUGAUGAUGCAGGACUGUACGGCUGUCAAGACCCUCCUCCUGAAAAUGAAGAGGGUUCUUCAAGAGAGUGCAGCUAUGAGUCCAGCCAGCAGCAAUACUUCCCUUCCUGUUGGUCCACUAACUGAAGAGCCAGUGCCUUUCAAGGAUAUGAUGAAGGAUGAAUGUUCCAGCCUGAAGCUGCAGCUGAAAGAACGGGAUGAACUUAUUGCCCAGCUGCAGAAGGAACUGGAAAAAGCCCAGCGUCUGCAGAAGGUAUCAGUGUCCCAGGAGGAUAAAUGCACCCAGACUGAACUUGUAGCCCAUGAUGCUACGCAUCGAAACAGAACUGUGAGCCAAAAUCUCAGCACAAGGGACAGAAAGUCGGUGCCUAUUCCCUCCGAGGACCAUUUUAGACUCGCCCCGGCAGAGCCCACCGGCCUCUACGAAAGCCAGUUAUCGAGCCCAUGCUUAAGUAGUCUGCGGAAGGAAAAGGAAGGUGCGGACGUCAUCCAGCGCCCAAGAGGCCACGAAGCCCUCGCCCCGGCGGUCACCCAGAAGUCCCUGCCUGAAGGCAUCCAGCACUCCAUCCGGCACGCAACCAAGACCCCGGGGCCUUCCGGACCCCCAGAGACAGUGCAGGAACAGGCCCCCCGGGCCCGCCAUUACUCUGCCUUCACGAGCAGACUGGGCCAGCCCCCCAGGGGGCCCAUCUCUUUGCACAUGUACAGCAGGAAAAACGUUUUCCUCUAUCCCAGUUUACAUACCACUGAGCUACAGACUCAAGGCCAGCAAGAUGGGUAACGGGGUCUUUCCCUUCCUGAAGCGGAGCAGGAGGGAAGGUGCUUUGGGCCCGGGUCUCUCAUACAGGCUUAUGCCACUUCUUUGUUUGGCCCCGCUGUUUACAUUGGCUUUGAGCUCCUUUUCUUUUCCAUCUGAGAGGAGGGCAGGAGGACGGACAAGCAUGUUCAUUUAAUUAGAUCGAACCGCCUCACCGAUGGGAUGACUUAUGGAAUAAAUAGGACCACCUCUCCCAUUUACCCAGUCCAUAAUAUGCCCAAUUUUCUGAUCUUUUGCCUCCAUCAUUCACUGUCACAUAUCGACGUUUCGGAGGAUAAUAUCGGAUAGCGCGGUGUUUACUUAAUGAUGUUCCUGUGGAAGUAGAUGUGAGGAAUGAAUAGAUGACAGAAUAGUAAACAACCUUAAUCACAUAAUUAAUAAAA